AGCUGCUUUUGACAGCCGGUAAAUAUUUUGUAAAUGUUUUUUAGUACCAUUGAUAUUUGCAUUUGUAUUUAUUGAAAAUAUUUAAAUAUAUUUAUUUUUGUAUACAUUUUAUUUUUUAAUAAUGUCGAAUAUAGUGCAGUAUAUUAUUGUGCGUAGUGAUCUGCGUUCCAGCUUGGGGUGGCCAUUGGGCGCAGUGAUAGCUCAAUGCUGCCAUGCGACAGCUGCCAUAACGCAUUUGUAUGCUGAUGAUGAGGACACCAUUUCUUAUUUAAAGGACUUAGAUAAUAUGCAUAAAGUGGUGUUGGAGGCUAAAGAUGAAGCAGCGUUAGUGAAGAUGUCUGAGAAACUAAAAACAAAUGAAAUUAAACAUAAGCUAUGGAUAGAACAGCCAGAAAAUAUUCCAACGUGCAUAGCAAUUAAACCCUAUGUUAAAGACAAUGUGCAUAAGUUUGUUAAAAAUCUAAAAUUGCUCAAAGAAUAAAUAUGAAAACGUAACGGUGGAGUGACGAA